AUGAACGACACACUCGAUCCCAAAGCUCCGCGCGAUCUCGAGCAAUCACCAAGUUCCCAUGACUUGGACGUAUCUGUCGCCAACCCAGAUAAGACACGCUGGCAACAACUCUCCCCUGUCGUCGCCUGUGGCGCUGGACUCUUUUCUGAUGGCUAUUUACAAGCGGUAAUCGGCCCGGUCAACACCAUCCUCUCGACUAUCUACCCAGUGCAAUACGCAGGAAGUUCAGCAGCACAGAACGUGUCCUCGAUCGCUUUCGCGGGAACAGUCGUCGGACAGCUCUUCUUCGGCUAUACCAGCGAUCACUACUCGAGAAAGUGGAGUUUACUGGUUUCGACGGUCAUUCUUUUCGUCUUCGCAGCGCUGGGUGCUGGUAGUUAUGGUGCAGGCGGGAGUAUCAGCGGACUCUUCGCCGCGCUUACAGCCUAUCGAUUCCUACUUGGCAUCGGCAUCGGCGGCGAGUACCCUGCUGGAUCCGUGGGAUGCGCAGAAGCCUCUGGUGAGCUUAAGGCUGGAACGAGGAAUCGCUGGUUCUGCCUCUUCACCAAUACCCAGAUCGACUUUGGCUUCGUGAUGGGGACACUGAUUCCGAUGAUCAUCACAGCCGCGCGACCAAACGAUCUCGGCCUCGUCUGGCGACUCUCACUAGGUCUUGGAGUCAUUCCACCGCUUUCGCUCUUCUGGAUCCGUAUGAAGCUGAAGGAGCCAGAGUCCGUCAAAAAGUCUGCUUUCCGUCGUGGCAAGACACCGUACUGGCUGGCUGCCAAAUUCUAUGGACCUCGUCUUCUACUAGUCAUGGCCGUCUGGUUCAUAUACGACUUUCUAACGUACCCUUUCUCGAUAUAUAGCAGUAAGUUCAUUGCGGUCAUACAGCCAAACGCGGCCUUGUGGCAGACCUUCGGCUGGUCAUGCUUGGUGAACUUCUUUUACCUGCCCGGUGCUAUCCUCGGUUCGUUCACAUCAGACUGGCUUGGACCACGUCGCGCCCUCAUGAUUUUCGUCGCUGCUCAAGGUAUCUUGGGCUUCAUCAUGGCCGGCUGCUACGAAUAUCUUGGGACAGCAAAGAACAUUGCCGCUUUCGUCGUCGUGUACGGCAUCUUCUUAGCACUUGGUGAGAUGGGUCCAGGAGACAACAUCGGGCUCGUGGCGUCGAAGACAUGUGCCACUGGUGUUCGUGGGCAAUACUACGCCAUUGCCGCGGCGACUGGCAAGAUCGGCGCCUUCAUUGGCAACUAUAUCUUCCCGUACAUCGAAGCGGCGGGAGGAGGAAGCAAAACCGUCCGCGGUGGUCAGUAUCCGUUCUAUGUUGCUAGCGCGCUGUGCUUCGUGUCCGCUUUCCUGGUGUACUGGCUGCCACAGAUUAAUCAAGAUACAAUUGAGGUAGAGGAUUUGAGGUUCAAGGACUAUCUGGUCAGCCAUGGCUACGAUAUCACAGGGAUGGGGUCGGAUAUCAGGGUGCUUCCAAGGGAGGAAUCGAAGUUUGAACAGUAG